AUGAAUCUUUCGUUGGUCAACGGCUCUUCAGCUGUGACGAGAAAUCAGCGGGACGACUUCACCGCAGCCGUGACCAACAACGUGAUCGUCACCGCGCUCUGCCUCUCCAUCAACUACAUCAACGGUACUCUGGUGCACACCUUCAGAAAGCACCAGAUCUUCAACACAAACCCUCGUUACAUCCUGUUCAUCCACCUGGUGGUGAACGACAUGGUGCAGCUGAUCCUGUCCACUCUCCUCCACAUCAUCAGCUACGCCCUUCACACCAUCAGCGUGCCCUUCUGCCUCAUCCUGCUGAUCGCCUCCAUCCUCACCACCCUCAACACCCCUCUCAACCUGGCCGGCAUGGCGGUCGAGUGCUACGUCGCUAUCUGCAUCCCUCUCCGACACGGACAGAUCUGCACCGCCAGGAACACGUACGUCCUGAUCGCUCUGAUCUGGUGUGCCAGUGCGCUCUCCAUCCUGCCGGAUCUCUUCCUCCUGCUGGCCACGGAGCCGCUGAGCUUCUUUCACUCGGAAGUGAUUUGUGACCGAGAUAUGGUGUUCAGGAGCUCGUACAGCCUGAAGAAGAGGGACGCGUCACACAUCCUCUGUCUCGUCCUGGUUUGGCUCACGCUCCUCUACACUUAUUUCAGGAUUCUGUUUGCAGCCAAAGGAGCAACUGCUGACAUAAAAAAAGCCAGAAACACGAUUCUCCUGCACGGCUUCCAGCUGCUGUUGUGUAUGCUGAUGUACCUGAGACCCAUGUUCAUACAAGGUCUGCUCUACUUAGUGCCCAAACAGUACCUGGCCAUCCGCUUCGCACGCUUCGCCUGGUACGUCAUCGUGCAGAUCCUGCCACGGUUUGUGAGUCCCAUCGUUUACGGACUGCGAGACCAGAACUUCAGGAGGCACAUGAGACGGUACCUGCUUUGUAAAGUGAUCAUACGCAGCCGCACAGAAAAAAUGCAUCCACGUCAAACAUGA